AUGGUCGUAAGCUCACACGGGUGGGGGGCGCUCCUGCGGGGCGGGAUGCCUCAUCCUCCGAAGACGACUAUCCAGCUGCCUACCAAAGGUCCGACCCUGGUCGCUACCGCCUGGCGUGCCGCAACAAAACGCGCUGUCACCGCCAGCAACCCGGGCGCCGCGGCCGCCACCGCCAUCACCACCCCACCUCACUUGGAUUUAAGCUUCCGCACCCCGAAAAGACCGACGACUGCCAUUACCUCCACUCAUAGCGUGAGCAGUUCGGAAGACCCGCCGACACCUCGUCUGACAUGGCUGUCGUACCUCUCUCCCAACCCGGUUGGACGGGCCGCGGGAAGUGGGAAGACUGCCAGUCGCGGUCCCAGCAGGGGCGGUGCUACAGUCCGCGAUGGCUACACCUCCGUUACGGGGAGGCGGGGAAGGAGAGGCAGCAGCAGCGGUGGGGGCAGCGGCGGCAGAGGCAGCGACAGGAGCAGUAGCCGAGGCAGUCGGAGCCGCAGCAGGACCAAACGCAGUGAGAGCUUUGGCGGCGGCGGCAGUGAGGCCGUCGCUUACGGGAGACGCCUGAACAGCAGUGCAGCGCCGCAGCAGCAGCGACGUCGUACCUUUGAGGGUGCGACUGCGGCUGCGGCUACUGCGGCUACUUCAGGCUCAGCUGCUAGAGUGAGGCCAAUUUCUGUCUCUGCUCGGCCGGGUACGGGGCCACUGCUACUGCAUGCUGGACCCCCCCUGGCAACGGGUCGCCUGAAGAGCGAUAUCAGCACCAACACGGAUGCGGAUUCGGAGCGGGAGGAGGAGGCAGUGGUGCAGCAGAUGCUGGGGGGAACGGCGGCAUGGCUCCAGGAGAGGCAGCUGGAGCGGCAGCGGCAACAGGACCUGGCGGAGCUGCGCCGCGCCGCCAGGCGCCGCGCGCGUGCGGCCGUGGCGGGUACGGCGGAGGUGCUGCGAGGUGGAGGCGGUGGAGGCGGGUACGACAGCGACAGCCGGUCGUCCCGCGGCACUGUGCGCAGCAACGGCACCCUCUCAGCGGAUUCUCGGUGCGGAGACGACGGCUUAGACGUGGGCGCUUCAUUUACCUCCUGGGUUGGUAACAGGAGGGCCAUAAAUGGGAGUCAUGUGGGUCGGGCCGGAGGUGCGGCGGCGCUCGGGAUCGGCGUGAGUCGGCCCCGGUCGCCGCCGCCGCCACUGGUGCUGCUCAGGACGCAGAACGCGGCGACUGUCCUGGCGGCGGCGCAGCGACGCCAUCUGCUCUCCAGAUCUAGCGGCGGCGCUGUCGUGCGUCGUGCCGCUCGUUGCGCAAUGCGUACCGCGCUUUCCGCGCGGGAAGGCGGCGGCGGCGGUAAAAGUAACAGUAACAGCACGGUGGCGGCGGCGGCGGUGCUGCGGCGUGCGUUAUUAUGGCGCGACGCGGAGGUUCUGGUAGCCAGCGAGACGGGACGUCUGCGGGGACUGGGGGGUGGGGGAUGUGGUCGUGGACAGCUGCUACUGCCAGCGGCGGGGACACGCAAGGCCUUGUCGGAUAGCAGUGAGGAUAGCUUUGCGUAUCGCGUGACGUCAGCCGCGAUGACGCUGAGGUCGAUGUCCGUACCGCGGUACAGCGCUGGACGGCGGCACGAUAUCGCCUGGCAGAGGCAGCGUCAGGCGCAUCAGCGGCUCGGCGGAAGUAUAGCGGCCGGCUACAGCCUGUCGCGGGACGAAAGCCGCAGCGCCGGCAGGGGUGCGAGACGGGCGAGUCCCACUGCUGCUGCAGCCGCCGCGGCAUUUAGGAGUGCCGCGGACGUCGCAUCCGCGGCCGUUUCCCGCGCCACGUCCGUCAUCAGCAGUGGAAGCAGCGGCGACGGCAGCGGCAGCACAGGGAAGCCUCGCACCUGGUUUAUGACGGAGGUUCUACGCACGCCGGUUGGCAGCCACCUGAGCGAUAGGGAAGAGCCACAGACCCACGGGUCACAGUGGGGCCGCCGGGGCGGCGGCCGUGACGGUGGCGGCGCCGGCAGCGGCAGCUGUCCCUCCUCCCCGGUGACCUGGUCCCCUCCCUGGAUUCAAUCCCCCUCCCAGAAGCUCUCUCUCUCCCGCGUCUGGGGCCCCAUGUAUCCUCUGGAGUCCAAGAGCCCCAGGAGCAGCUACGAGGGCGGCGGCGGUGGAGGAAGCGGCAAAGGAGGAGGGCGAGGAGAAGGAGAGGAGGGGUUCCAUGGAGGAGCAGGAGGAGGAGGAGCGCAACACGGCGCCGACGGGUACGCCGCCAGCGAUGACGCGCUGUGGCGCUCUCCGUCGCGACCGCCACCAAGUCGGCCACCUGCAGGAAAGUCCCACUCGGUCUUACGAGUGGAACACGGUCCAUCGGCCCUCGUAAUGCAUUGCGGUGACGACCCGUCUGUGGGAGAGGUUCAUGAGGCCGAGGAGCGGCGGUCGGUGUCGCGGCCGCAUUCAAAGGUGGUGCGCGCCCUCAGUUGCCAUAAGGUUAUUGUGAAGGUGUUGUUGUGGAGAUGUCGCAGUGGCGGGGGACUUGCAGACGUCAGCAAGCUCCACGCCUAG